AUGUCACAGGACCUCAACAUCACAGUUGCUGUGCGGUGUCGUGGUCGAAAUCAACGUGAAGUGGCUCAAAAGAGUAGUAUCGUGGUGACAGUACCAAACGUCUCAGGUGCAAAUGAGGUUAUUAUCAAUACAACAGGGGAUGUAGGAAUUGCAGCUCAAUUGAAUAGUAAACGAUAUACUGUUGAUAAAGUAUUUGGACCAAGUGCUAGUCAAUCAUUAUUAUUUGCAGAAGUAGCGCAACCUUUAUUUCAUGAAUUUAUACAAGGUUAUAAUUGUACUAUGUUAGUAUAUGGGAUGACCUCAACGGGGAAAACUUAUACAAUGACGGGUGAUGAACAAUUGGAUGGCAAUGAUACCCUUAGUGAAAAAGCUGGGAUUAUACCGAGAAUUUUAUUUCAGUUAUUUGAUACUUUAAAAGAACAAGAUUUAGAUCAUAUUGUUAAAUGUUCAUUUAUUGAAUUAUAUAAUGAAGAAUUAAAAGAUUUAUUAGAUAAUGAUGGUAAUGAACAAUAUAAAAAAUUGAGAAUUUUUGAUUCAACACCUGAUAGUAGAAAUAACUCACCAAAAUUAAAUCAAAGAAAUAAUGCUAAAAAAUAUAAUUAUAAAUUAAGACGUACCUCUAUGCAACCAUCUAAUCCUGGUGCCUCGGGUACCUAUACCACCAUGGCAGGUAAUAAUAAUAAUAAUAAUAGCAAUAAUACAUCUGCAUCAAUGUCACAGGGCUCAAAUGAUAAUAAUACGAUUUAUAUUCAAAAUUUACAAGAAUUUCAUAUUACAUCAGCAAAUGAAGGUUUAGCUCUCUUACAAAAGGGUUUAGCUCAUAGACAAGUUGCCACAACAAAGAUGAACGAUUUUUCAAGUCGAUCCCAUACAAUAUUCACCAUUACACUAUACAAGCAGCAUCAAGGUGAAUUGUUCCGUCUGUCAAAGAUGAAUCUAGUGGAUUUAGCUGGUUCAGAAAAUAUUAGUCGUUCUGGUGCUUUGAAUCAAAGAGCUAAAGAAGCUGGAUCCAUUAAUCAAAGUCUUUUGACUUUAGGUAGAGUGAUCAAUGCCUUGGCCGACAAAAGUUCGCAUGUGCCAUUUCGUGAAUCUAAACUAACACGUCUAUUACAGGAUUCCCUUGGAGGUAAUACAAAGACAGCUUUGAUUGCCACAAUUUCACCAGCAAAGGCUACAUCUGAUGAGACUUGUAGUACAUUGGAAUAUGCAUCUAAAGCUAAAAAUAUUAAGAACAAACCACAAUUAGGUUCUUUUGUUAUGAAGGAUAUUCUUUUGAAAAAUGUAACUACAGAAUUAGCUAAAUUAAAAAGUGAUCUUUUAUCUACAAAGUCUAAAGAUGGUGUAUUUAUGUCACAACAACAUUAUAAAGAAAUGAAUCAUGAUAUGGAAAAUUAUAAGACAGAAUUGGAGGAAGCUAAAAGGUUAAUUAAAUCAUUAAAUGAAAAAGUAGAUGGACUUACCGACGAAAAACAAAAAUUGACUAAAUCCCUUGAUUUACAAAAUAUCAAGACAGAUUCACUUAAUGACUCUAUAAAUGAAUUACAAGAAAAAAUUGUUGCAUCGUCGGAAACAGAAAAUCAAUUAAAUAAUCAGAUAGUCACAUUAAAUGAAUCAAUGUCAUCCUUAAAGAAUGAAAUUAAGGCCUUCAAAAAGAAGGAACUAUCUAUCGAUUCUAGAUUUAAAUUGAUUCUAAAUGACCAACUAAUGAUACUUAAAGAAAAAUUCUUGAAUCAGUUAGAUGACUUGCAAGCUUAUGAUGAUGAAUCCUUUGAAGUUCAACCACAUAUUGAUAAUUUACAAAAAGAAAUAUCUUCUUCCUUAACUAUACUAGAGACAAAUAUUCGCGACUCUUAUCAAUCAUGCAUUGGAGAGUUUUUGAAAGAGACACCAACCCUAUUUAAGGAGGUCGAAGAUAAUGUAACCAACAUAAAUUUAUUGUCUACACAUUUUUACAAACAAAUUUCAGAAAAUUUAUCAGAUAUAUCCGAAGAAUAUAACAACCUAAAACAAUAUUUAAAUGAUAGAUUGUUCCAAAAUAACCAUGAGGAAAGACUUGGGAAUUAUAUCAACAAGACAACAGAACUAAUGGAACAAUCUUCGUCUAACUUAAUGGAAAAUGUUAAGGAUAUGGUAGAAAACUAUUUACUUUCUAAUAAGCAACUACUAAUCGACUCCAUGCAGAGAAGUACAAGUGAUAUCAUUGAGCAAGAAAUGAAGUUAUUGAAGCCAAAAAAACAAAAAUGGGAAUCUUCUAUCGAGUUAAUUAAUAGAUGUGAUUCCCUAAGUAACACUUAUUUUAAUAAUAUGAACAAUACCUUGGAUUCAACGAAGGGCAAUAUAAACAUGUCAAAUGAAAAGAUAAAGAAAUCGGUCAUUAAGAUAAAUGAUAGGUUCAGUGAUCAAGAGCGUGAUGAAAGACGUGAUGUGAUCACUAAAAAUAAGAAUAUUAAAGAUAACAUAAAACAAAUUGUGGAAAAGACAAAUACACUAAAAUCUCGUUUUGAUGAGACGCACAGUUUGGCAAAAUAUUCCGUUAAUGAAAUUAAUGGAUUAGACAAAUCAAUAAGGACAAUACUACAUGAUAUAGAACCAACUACUACAACAAACAUUAUCGAACAAAAUAUAUUCUUAAAGGACAAUUCAACGGGGAUGGGCCCUCGCUCUAAAAGCCCUCUCAAAAUUUCAUCAAAUAAUCUUAAUUUCAGUGAGGUUGAAUCUAAUAACAAUGGCACUAAAAAAAGAAGGCUAUCAAGAGACGAGAUAGAUGGAUUCGCCAGCACUCAAAAAUAG